AUGGGCCAUGGCAUAGCAUGGCAUGGCUUGACCUACAGACUACCAAAAGAACCAGCCUUGAAAAGCCUUGGAACUUGCUUGGAAAGAUACAAGCUGAGGCGUAGCGUCCUACGUACUAAUGGUAUCAAGCGUCAGCACGGAAAAAGUCAGCACUAUGCCGAUCCCAACCCAGCAAAACUCGUGGGAACUAUUAAUGAAUUCGGUGUUGAUUGA